AUGCCAGCACUUUCCCUGGCCAUUGUCGGUGUGGAGUGCGAUGAUAUCUCGUGCCAGACCUCUUCGCCGAAAAGCAUUCUAGAUGCUAAGGGGCACAGUGGAAGCAGCUUUCUUCAAUUCCUUGAGUUCAUCCAACGCUUGGAAUGGUCCCAGAGACCAGUUGGCAUCAUGUGGGAAUGUGUGAAAAACUUGGACGCUCACAGGAAGACUGUGAAUGAAAAGGGGACAGAAGUCAUCAAGGACCUCAUGCGCAAGCAGGGGUAUGUGUCGAGCUUCCAGGCAGCUUUUCCAGAAUCAUUUGUGCAACAAGUUGAGGCUUGCAGCUCAUGUUUGCUUCAGUGGCCUGCCCUUGAGGUGGUCAACUCGAAACAUUUUGCUUUGCCACAUAGCAGGAACAGGGUCUAUGGAAUCAGCUUGAAAUUGGACCUGGCGGCAACUUGGCCUGCAGAAUGCAAAUCAAUGAAACAGGAACUUCGGAAACGACAGAUGGCAACCGGCAGGGCAGCAUCUUCUCAGAAAUGGCCUGCAGACCAUGCAGCUUACAAGGAGAAGCACAACAUCACAGAAAAGGAUCUACAAGUUCCACAGGUCAGAUGGGUGCAUCAGUGUUCCGGCCUCAGCAUUCGGGUGGUUCUUGAACCUCAGAUUGAAGGCCUUCUGCUUGCACAAGGCUUGCAGGAGCUGGAUUUGCCAGAAAGAGAAUUGGAAGCAACCCAUCUGUCCUUUGCCAAGUUCGUCGUCCCCAGUGGAGACACUUUGCAACGACACAAAUGGAGAACAGUCCACCCAUGCCUUCUUCCGCAGAAGCGGUUUUUGUACUUGGACGAGAAUGGGCUGCACCUGAACAAGUCUCCGACGUUUGUGAUGAGCCUGCAAGGCCUGUCAAGCCGUGAGCUCAAAGCGGCACGCCUGACAGAUCUUACAGUCAAGCAGGCCCAAGAGCUCGCUGGCAAUGGUUUCACAGCCAAUGUGGCUGCCAGUGUAUUGGUUUCCAUUCUGGUGUACAUCCUGCAAUAG